AUGAAAAGAUAUCAACAACACACCCACGCAAGCUGGCACCACGCCUACGCAGAUAAAGAUUGCCCCUGGUGCAAAACCCCUCACCGGGCAGAAAGCACAACACCUCACCGAAACCGCAAACAAUCCGCAAAGGGCUCAGACAAUGGCAGAACCAGCAGAGCAAUUGCUACAUCGACACCAGUCGGACGUCGGAUAGAGCAGGGCUCUCACGUCCCUAUCGAAGAUGAGGCCAUCGGUACCCCGCUCCCACAGACUCCAGAUUCAGCUCCGUACGCGAAUGAAGAUACACCAGGGCAGGAAUCAGAUUCAAAUUACCCGCUGUAUAAGGGCCGCACUUCCAGGCCGGAUGGAUUGAAUAAUGCGUUCGCGUCAGAUACACCGCGUCCGCCGCUUCCCGAGGAGUGGACGAAGGAGAUUGAGGAUCGGGAACAUGGUGCUGCGGAAUGGACCCCGCCGGCUGCGGAAGAUUGGCGCUCUGGGCUAGAUACGUCUGGGGAGUUUCGAAUGCCCGGUGCUGACAAGAUUGAGUCUCCGGAGCUGAGUGUGAGGGAGUUGGAGAAGACUGAUUGA